CCCCUUUCAAAGCCCACUUCAAGCACCUACUUCUUUCCCUCUCAAAACGUUCAAUGAAAAUGCUGAAAUCCCAUAUAUUACACACCCAAACUCUCUCUCCUCUAUUUCCAAUCCUUCAAAUGCACCCCAACAUCUCAUUCCCUCGCAGAACCAUCACAGUCUCCAACACCCACUCCCUCAGACCUCUCCAUCGUUCCAUGCCUCUUCUAUGCCGUCCAAACCCUAAUUUCCAGGUUGUUCAAGGUUCGAUGGAAGAGGGUAGGUUUUUGGAAGUUGAGGAAGCUGAAUUAUUAAUGGAGACCUGCAUUACGCGUACUCUGCCUCCGGCAUUGACGCUCCACCACGGAAUUGGAAAGAUUACGGAGGCUGUUGAGGAGUUGAAGCUGAAUCCUCCUCGUUCUGCCAGUGGAAUGUAUCGGUUUCAGGUUGCUGUGCCCCCUAGUGCAAAAGCUUUGAAUUGGUUUUGUUGUCAACCUGAAUCAUCGGGAGUGUUUCCACAUUUUUUUCUUUCAAAGGAGAAGGAAAUCCCAACACUUAGAUCUCUUUAUUUGAAUGGAACCCGUGGCAUUUUUGGAAUUGGAGCUGCGGCGUACUUUCAGGGGUCUUCUCGUGCUUUAGAAGAUUUGAGUUCAUCUAAAAGAUAUCUCUCAGUUGAUUUAACUCUUGUAAUGGCUUAUGGUUUUAUGGAUAUUAUUUUUGACACAAAGUCAUCUUCCAUGAAGCACGAAACUGGUUCAUAUUUCCUUUUUAUUCCUCAGAUUGAGUUAGAUGAGUUUGAAGAUAUUUCUAUUUUAGCUGCAACACUGGCAUGGAUUGACUCUUCCCUCUGUACGUUUGAAAGUGCCGUUGAAUCUUACCAUAUAUCUCUCUCCCAGGUUAAGCGUAAUUUUUGGAACAACACAGAGAAGUGCCACAAUAAGUGCAUCAGAUCUGCUCUCAAAAAGUUCAAUGUAGUAGAGGAUGAAAAGUCCCAAAUGGUGUGUAUUAAUGCUUUCUCACUGGGUGGAAGGGACCUUGAGGCUGACUCUUUCAAACUGAAAGAGGCUUCAAUUUCCUGUCAGUUCUUUGUCAGGCUUUCGCCUACAAUGGCUAUUGCCAAUAGCAUGCUGGAUGAUGCCAAUGAUAUGAGUUACUCUGUGCGAGACAGUGCCAACAUCAAUACUUUGUGGGCGUCACUUAUAGUUGAAGAAUGCUCUCGACUUGGUCUGACGUAUUUUUGUGUAGCUCCAGGAUCUAGAUCAUCUCCUCUUGCCAUUGCUGCUUCUAGCCAUCCCCUUACAACUUGUAUUGUGUGCUUUGAUGAGCGUUCACUUGCAUAUCAUGCCGUUGGUUACGCAAGAGGUUCUCAUAAGCCAGCAAUAGUCAUAACAUCAUCAGGCACUGCAGUUUCAAAUCUUCUUCCUGCUGUUGUCGAGGCUAGUCAAGAUUUUGUUCCACUUCUUUUACUUACAGCAGAUCGUCCUCCAGAGCUACAUGAUACUGGAGCAAACCAAACAAUUAAUCAGGUCAACCAUUUUGGUUCAUUUGUGAGGUUCUUUUAUGGUCUACCUGCACCCACUGUUGAUAUUCCUGCCCGGAUGGUACUUACAACAAUUGACUCUGCUGUAUAUUGGGCAACCUCUUCACCUUAUGGUCCUGUUCAUAUCAACUGUCCUUUUAGGGAUCCAUUAGACAAUAGUCCAAGAAAAUGGAUGUUGAGCUGUUUAAAAGGACUAGACUUUUGGAUGUCAAGUGCUGAACCAUUUACGAAUUAUCUCCGAUUGCAACAUUCAUAUACAUGUGAUGAUUCUCAAUGUCAAAUGGCAGAGGUUCUAAAAGUGAUUCAAGAGGCGAAUCGAGGGCUUUUACUUAUUGGUGCAAUCCAUACAGAGGAUGACAUAUGGGCAGCUCUUCUCCUGGCUAAACACCUUUCAUGGCCAGUUGUAGCUGACAUCUUGUCAGGCUUAAGUCUGAGGAAGUACUUUGCUUCGUUUUCGGAAAUUGAAGAGAACUUUUUAUUUGUUGAUCAUCUCGAUCAUUUUCUACUCUCAAAUUCUGUCAGGAGUUGGGCCCAACCUGAUGUGAUUGUUCAGAUUGGGAGCAGGAUAACAAGCAAGCGAAUUUCUCAGAUGCUGGAAGAAUGCUUUCCAUUCUCAUAUAUAAUGGUUGACAAGCAUCCAAAUCGUCAUGAUCCUUCACACAUCGUAACUCAUAGGAUCCAGAGUACCAUCACUCAGUUUACUGACUGUUUACUUAAAGCUGUAAUACCACCUAUCGACAGCAGAUGGAGUAAUGUUCUACGAGCUUUGGAUAUGAUGGUUGCCUGGGAGAUAUCAUUUCUAAUUCAUUCACAAUACUCCUUGACUGAACCUUAUGUUGCGCAUAUAGUUCCAGAAGCACUUUGCUCUGAGACUGCUAUUUUUGUUGGGAACAGCAUGGCAAUACGUGAUGCGGACAUGUAUGGAUGUAACUGGUCAAAAUCUACUCCUAGUAGUGCCACAAUGUUAAGCUCACAGUUACCAUGUAAAGGGAUGCUGGUGGCUGGGAAUAGGGGAGCUAGUGGUAUUGAUGGUUUGCUGAGCACAGCUGUUGGUUUUUCAGUAGGAUGCAACAAACGAGUACUUUGUGUGAUUGGAGAUGUUUCUUUCUUACAUGAUACGAAUGGAUUGGCACUUCUGAAACAAAGGAUAUUGCGGAAACCAAUGACAAUAAUUGUGAUAAACAAUCAUGGUGGUGCAAUCUUCAGUCUCCUUCCCAUUGCAGAUAGAAUUGAACAAAGAAUAUUGAAUCAGUAUUUCUACACGUCUCAUACUGUUUCAGUCCAGAACUUAUGUGGAGCACAUGGUGUGAGGCAUGUACAUGCACAGACAAAAAAGGAACUCCAUCAUGCUUUAUUCACAUCUCAACAGGAAGAAGUUGAUUGUGUCAUAGAAGUUGAGAGCUGCAUUGAAGCCAAUGCCACCUUCCACAGUUAUUUGAGAAAAUUUGCAUGUCAAGCAGCAGAUCAUGCUCUGAGCAUCCUUUCAAGGCUUUCAACUGCAGAUUCUAUCCUAUAUGGGUUCCCUUUUUGCAAAAUUUGUAAGAUGGAGUACUCUUUUUAUAGAAUUCAACUCUGUGCUCCACCCACUUCUACUUCUGUCAAUUGUGACUCUACGGGGUUCUAUAAAGAAGGUUUCAUUAUAACUCUGAUUCUUGAAGAUGGAAAUGUUGGGUUUGGUGAGGUUGCACCUCUUGAGAUCCAGAAAGAGACUCUGUUUGAUGUUGAACAGCAACUUCGUUUUUUUAUUCAUAUAAUUGACGGAGCUAAGAUUAGUUACUCACUUACUCAGCUAAAGAGUUCAUUUUCUUCAUGGUUAUGGAAUAGCUUAGGAAUCUUGCCAGGUUCAAUCUUCCCUAGUGUCAGAUGUGGUCUAGAAAUGGCCAUCCUCAAUGCCAUAGCAGCAAGCUGCGGUUCCAGUUUAUUGGAUGUACUUCAUCCCCUGUCAGUUAAAGAAGAAGUUUCUGAAAGAUCAUUAAAUGUUCAGAUUUGUGCCCUUAUUGAUUCAAAUGGGUCUCCCAGUGAGGUAGCCUUUGUUGCCGCCAAACUUGUUGAAGAAGGGUUUACUACACUAAAGCUAAAAGUAGCACGCCGUGAAGAUCCCAUUGAAGAUGCUAUGGUUAUACAAGAAGUAAGAAAGAAGGUAGGUCACCAUAUUAAACUCCGCGUGGAUGCAAAUCAGAAGUGGACGUAUGAAGAAGCUAUUCAAUUUGGCUCUUCUGUUAGAAACUGUGACCUGCAGUAUAUUGAGGAACCUGUUGAGGUUGAAGAUGAUAUAAUUAACUUCUGUGAAGAUACUGGCUUACCUGUAGCACUGGACGAAACUAUUGACAACAUUCAAGAAAACCCGUAUGAAAUGCUUGCAAAGUUCACACACUCUGGAAUAGUUGCUGUUGUUAUCAAACCAAGUGUUGUCGGUGGCUUUGAAAAUGCUGCACUAAUUGCACGAUGGGCCCAGCAGCAGGGGAAGAUGGCUGUUGUCAGUGCUGCAUUUGAAAGUGGGCUAAGUUUGUCAACUUAUAUUCAAUUCUCAACUUUUCUUGAGCUCCAGAACACUGAUAUAUGUAGGAUCAUGAAUAAGGAACAGGGUUCCUAUCCACCUAUAGCACAUGGUCUUGGAACUUACAGGUGGCUUAAGGAAGACUUAACCACUGAACCUCUAAAUAUUAGUCGUAGUCCCCAUGGUGGCUUCGUUGAAGCAUCUGUUCUUGAUGCUGAUAAACUCUUGAGGAAAUUUCAACUGAACCGCAAUGCAAAUGCCAUCCUUCGAACUGUUACUGGAGAACAAGUUCAUAAAUACCAGUUAAAAGUUGCUUCCAAUGGUUUCUCCUUUUCUGUCAAUGUGCAAGAGAUUGGACCAAGUAUUGAUAAUAAUGUAAUUGUGUUUCUUCAUGGGUUUCUUGGAACUGGCGAAGACUGGAUUCCCAUCAUGAAGGCCAUCUCAGGAUACGCAAGAUGCAUUGCGAUUGACCUUCCUGGCCACGGAAAAUCAGAGAUGCAAAAUCAUGCUGGUAAGGAAUCAGUACAAGAACCAAGUUUGUCAAUUGAGGUAGUUUCAGAUAUAUUAUGCAAGAUGAUUCAUUGCAUCACUCCGGGAAGAGUUACGCUGGUUGGAUACUCAAUGGGAGCAAGGAUCAUACUGUACAUGGCUUUAAGAUGCAGUGAUAAGGUUGAAGGAGCUGUCAUGAUAUCUGGAAGCCCUGGAUUAAAGGAUGUAGGAGCAAGAAAAUUCCGUAGGGCUAAAGACGAUUCCAGAGCAUGCUCCCUCAUUGCCUAUGGUUUAGAACUCUUCUUAGACACCUGGUAUGCAGGAGAUCUAUGGAAUAGCUUAAGAAGCCAUCCCCAUUUUAAACAAAUAGUUGCAAGCCGCUUGCAGCAUGAUGACGUGAACACUCUUGCGAAAUCCUUGUCUGAUUUAAGUAUUGGGAGGCAGCCGUCAUUGUGGGAAGACUUGAAGCACUGCAAACUACCCCUCCUGCUCAUCGUUGGAGAGAGAGACAAAAAGUUUAAAAGGAUUGCUCAAGAAAUGUUCUGUGAGAUCAGCGUUGGUACGAGGAGCAGAGAUGGUCCGGAGAAUAAGAUCUGUGAAAUAGUUGAAAUCCCUCACUGUGGGCACGCUGCCCAUAUAGAGAAUCCUCUUCCUGUUAUCAGUGCAGUCAGACAAUUUUUGAGUAGAGUACGGAGUUUAACCCCUAACCCAGAAAUAUGUUAGAUUUUCUCAUUUGAGAAGAAGCAUGUAAUACACACUACAUGCAGCUGAUGCGAUUCACGUAACCGGCAACAGCCUUUUAUCAAAUGCAUUACCAUCAUGUUAGCAGCUGAUGUUUCCUUCAUCCAUAAUGAAGCAGAAAAUUUUAUGUGAUGGAGAAAAGUACGGUCUAACACCCGGACAAGCUGUUACAAGGUCUUGGUUUUGCUCAUUUAUGAUGUACCUCACAUUGUAAUUUCCACAAUUCCUCAGAUUUCAAUAUUGUACUAGGCAUUAUGAUGCCAAUGUUGAAAUAUUUCAGUGUGAAUUGACGAUUAGAAACCUUGUUACCCACGGACUAAUAUCCGAACCAAGUUUAUGGAAUCCAGGUUUCUUUUUCUAGCAAA